AUGUUUAAUCCAAUAGCAACAUCGUUGUCGGUGAUCGAACAAAUUCAACCGGCACAGAAUCCUCAGAAUAUCCAGAUGAAAAAGAGUAAUAAGAGUUUGAUAUCGGGCGACAUUGACAACUACUCGAAAUCAUUCUUUUCGACACCUUUCCAACAAUCUUAUAUAGUAGAGUCACCGGUGACCAACCCACAAGCACACAGCAUAAAUAGUAGAGACGACGGUGUAUAUUCACCGCAGAUGGUUGGCGAUGCUGAGUUGCCUCCUCCCUAUCCGAGCAGCGUUGCCACCGCCGAUGACUAUAGCGCGGUUGGCAUCAACUACAGUGUAUCACCACAAUAUCCACACUCACCAUCGACAUCAAACAUCAAGGAAUUCACAUACUACAAGGUCAACGAUCUGAGCAGCGAGAGUCUUAGCAGUGUUCGUGAACAAACCUUUGAAAAUUCAACAACCACCAAACAACGACUGAAAUUCGUUGGAAACUGGCUCAUUCACCAGGCUAAAACCAGCACCUAUCAGACUUGGAUCAAGCUGGUACUACUGGUGCUCAUCAUUGUCGGCGUUUGUCUCGCCAUUUUUGUAUUUAAACUUCAAAAGCAUCUCGAUGUCCUACAGGAAUUUGUCAACAAAUUCGGUGUUGCAUUGGGUGGUCUUGUAUAUAUGGGUGUAUUUAUUUUAUUAAUUAUAUUUUUAGUACCAGUUACUAUACCGACUAUUCUUGGUGGAAUAUUAUUUAAACAAUGGUUCGGUAUGCUUUUUGUGUGGACUUCAUCGAUGAUCGGUGCCACCAUUGCAUUCUUAUUGGGAAGAUAUGUAUUUAGAAAGUCAAUUGCUAAAAAAAUUGAGAAUAACAAAAAGUUGGUGGCUAUCGAUCAAGCUAUUGGACAAGAGGGUUGGAAGAUUGUUUUACUAUUGAGAUUGACACCGAUCGUACCUGAAAGUCUAUUGAAUUAUGCACUUGCCGUUACCAAUGUUAAAUUGAGUCAUUAUUUAAUUUGUUCUGGUAUUGGAUUGUUACCUGGUGUUUCAUUUUUCAUUUAUAUGGGAACGAUGAUAGGAAACAUAUCAGACAUUGGUAAGAAACCACUGGAGAAGAGUCAAAUCAUUAUGUAUGUCAUCUCUGGUGUUGUCAUGAUUGUCACCAUCACAUUCAUCACCAUCAUUGUAAGAAGAGCUGUAAAUAAGAAAUUAGACUUUGAAGAAUCCAGAGGUAUUCUCGACGAAGAGAUCAAACUCCAAAACCAAGAGGCUCUCGAGGAAGAAGAAGCUUUCGACGAAUAUGAACCUCCAUCAUUUGUUAAGCCAUAA